AUGGUAACUUACAUUGAAAAUCAUGUAGAAGAGAAUGAACACAUUUUCCGUAGCCAAUAUUCGCCAGUUCCGAUCCCUGAAAACGUGACAUUGCCCGAAUUCGUGCUCCAAAAUGCUGAAUUUUAUGGUGAUAAAGUUGCAUUUGUGGAUGCUGAGAGUGGAAAAGAGGUUACUUAUAAUGAGGUUUCUAGAGACAUAUAUAGAUUUGCAAAGGCUUUAAGGUCUCUUGGUUUGAGAAAAGGGAAUGUUGUGAUUGUUGUACUUCCAAAUGUGGUUGAGUAUGCUAUUGUUGCUUUGGGGAUUAUGGCUUCUGGUGGUGUGUUCUCUGGUGCAAAUCCAACUUCACAUACUUCAGAAAUUAAGAAACAAGUUGAUUCUGCUGAUGCCAAGUUAAUUAUCACAAAUAGUACAACCUAUGAAAAGGUGAAAAGUCUAGGUCUACCUGUCAUUGUCUUAGACGACGAAUUUGUUGAGGAUGCAAUGAACUGGAAGAAACUUCUUGAAGCAGCAGAUAGGGCAGGUGAUGAUCAAAUGAAAGAACCAAUUCACCAAAACGACCUAUGCGCCAUGCCAUUCUCGUCUGGAACGACUGGAAUGUCGAAGGGAGUGAUGCUUACACACAGAAACCUUGUAGCAAAUCUUUGCUCUACACUUUUUGCUGUAGUUCCAGAAAUGAUUGGUAAAGUUACAACAUUAGGGUUAAUUCCAUUCUUUCAUAUUUAUGGCAUCACUGGAAUUUGCUGUGCAACAAUUAGGAACAAAGGAAAAGUUGUAGUUAUGGGAAGAUUUGAUUUGAAGUCAUUUUUGAAUGCUUUGAUUAAGCAUGAGGUUACAUUUGCACCUAUUGUUCCACCUAUUAUUCUUGGAUUGGUUAAAAAUCCUAUUGUGGAUGAGUUUGAUCUAAGUAAGCUUAAACUUCAAGCUGUGAUGACAGCUGCAGCGCCACUUGCACCCGAAUUGCUUACUUCCUUCGAGCAUAAGUUUCCUGGUGUGCUUGUUCAAGAGGCAUAUGGACUAACUGAGCAUAGUUGCAUCACACUUACAUUUGCACAAAAGAAAAGUGGAAAUACUCAUAAAAAUUCAGUUGGUUUCAUUCUUCCAAAUUUGGAAGUCAAAUUCAUUGAUCCUGAAACAGGUAAGUCCCUCCCAAGGAACACACCAGGGGAACUUUGUGUAAGAAGCCAAUGUGUCAUGCAAGGUUACUAUAAGCAAGUUGAUGAGACUAGUCAGACUAUUGACAAGAACGGAUGGCUUCACACCGGUGACGUGGGAUUCAUCGAUGAUGAAGAAAAUGUUUUUAUCGUUGAUCGUAUCAAGGAGUUGAUUAAAUAUAAAGGCUUCCAAGUUGCUCCUGCAGAACUAGAAGCUAUUCUACUGUCUCAUUCCUUGGUCGAAGACGCGGCUGUCGUACCAUUGUCGGAUGAAGAGGCAGGAGAAAUUCCAGCUGCAAGUGUUGUUUUGAGCAAAGGUGCAAAAGAGAGUGAAGAGGACAUUAUGAAAUUUGUUGCUUCUAAUGUUGCUCAUUACAAGAAAGUGAGAGUGGUUCACUUUGUGGAAUCUAUACCAAAAUCUCCUUCUGGUAAAAUAAUGAGGAGGCUUGUCAAAGAGAAGAUGGUGGAGAAGAUUAAGGAAAAUAAUACCUUAGCAAAAUCAAACCCUUGA